GCCCGGGACGGGACGGGCUCCGACCCGCUCCGUUCCACGCGGGGCCGCCGAGUCACUGCCGGUGCGGUGCCGCUCCGGCUCCGCAUCCGCGCCGUCUCUCGUGGCCCCGCCGCCCUGCGGGUCCCGGUCCGGUCCGUGCCGUGCUGCUAGCACCGAGACAGCUCCCCUCUCCUCUUCAGCACAAUGGCCUGCCAAGAGAGUGAGUACCUGGAUGACCAGAAGAAAUGUGUCCCCUGCAGGAAGUGCAUGCCCGGGCAGGAGCUUUCCAAGGACUGCGGCGAUGGCAGCGGCGGGGACGCGCAGUGCGUGGCCUGCCCUCCCAGGAAGUUCAAGGACCGCUGGGGCCACCACGGCUGCAAGCCCUGCCUGUCCUGUGCCCUCAUCAACCGCCUGCAGAAGUCCAACUGCACAGCCACGGCCGAUGCCGUCUGCGGGGAGUGCCUGCCGGGGUUCUACAGGAAGGCGCGGAUCAGCGGGCAGCUGGAGUGGGAGUGCAUUCCCUGCACCAAGCAGACGCCGUCCUCCGAGCCACAGUGUCGCUCCAGAACAAACCUGGUGAAGGUCGCUGUCCCUACUGUACCACCACAGGACACAGCCCUUCUUGCACUGACCAGCAGUGCCCUGGUCAUCAUUGUCCUGGUGCUGCUGGCACUUUCCAUCAUCUACUGCAAGCGAUUCUGGAAAAGCCAGUGCCAGAGAGUCUUCCUGAGGACUCAGAACUUCUCGGGCCAGCGAGCAACGUUCCCAACUGCAGCAGCACCUGGCAGGUUCCUGUGUGAGGAGCAGAUGUCCGGACCCUGCUGCCUGGGUGUGAAGAAUUUGAGCCCUUGCUACAGGCAGGCAGAAGGCCCCGUGGAAGCAGUGAAGUUCAUUUCUGAUGGGGAAGCCGUGGGUCUCCAGCUGCCCUCUCUCCAGCCAGAGAUGGACUUGCCCCCAGCCAUUGCAGCCAGCACUGCCUCCAAGGCCCAGCUGGGCAGGAGCCUCCUGGAAAGCCAGCCCCUGAUCCGGGCCUCAGGCCACGGUGACUGCCUGGAGGGGGUCCUGCUGCCCCCCACCCCCAGGCAGGGCACGGUGGAGGCCCUGGUCCCCCUCUCCUCCUGCGCCUCCGAGAUGCAGCACAAGUGGCCCCAUGCACCCGUGGAGUGCACUGAGCUGGACCUCCAGAAGUUCUCCAGCCAGGUGGAAUUUGUGGGUGGUGGGCAGCUGGAGGACGCCGCCGGCCGGGCUGUGGAGAGGAUUCCAGCAGAGAGCAGUGCUGGGGUGCAGGAGAGGGCUCAUCACCUGCCCACAGCUGAAAUCCCACCUGGGGAGCAGCCGGUGGAUGAUGCCCAGAGCCUGGUGACUCAGAUCAGCAGCACGGCUGGUGGUCUCCCCAUAGCAGAGCUGCCCCAUUCCUUGGUGCAGUCUCUGGCCUUCCUGUUGGACCCUUCCUUGAGCGGUGUGAAGAACUUCAGCCACGUGGCUCUGGAGCUGGGGCUGAUGCCGCAGCUGCUGGGGCGGAUCUCGGGCUUUGAGCAGCUGGUGGCACACUUCACCUCUGCAGGAGCUGUGGUCACCGUCCCGCUGCUGGCGCGGGCGCUGCAGCGGCUCCAGCGCUUCGACGCCCUCCUCCUGCUCUGCGACCACUUCACGCUGAGCCCCGCGCCCGACCGCCAGCGCUAGGGCACACCCAGGGACAGAGGAGCUCCAGGCACUGCUGCCCCACCGGCCUGCAGGCACAGAACCUCCCUGGGGUGCGUGGCAGGAGGACACAGAGAUGGUUUUUGCGUUAUGGAGUGGACAUGAAGGGGCGUCUCUGCACAGGGGCUCAGGAAGCACAGCUGUGCCUUUUCCUUGCUCAGGCCCCUCCAGAGGCUGUUUUUUCUCUAGCUGUGACACCCUUCCCUGUUGGUUGCUGUGCUGCCCAUACUGUGGUGCUCUGGCUCUGCAGUGAGCCCUGUUCUGCCCCACUGUUGCCAUGGGGUUCCUCAGCCAUGGGGCUCGGUGUCCAUGGGCAGUGCCCUCCUAUGAGCCCAGCCAUCUCCUCCCUUCCAUUCCAGCUUUCCCAUCCCUCCUCUGGCCCGUGCUCUGCUUUCCUGGGUGCCAGUUGCCACUUUCUCAGUUUACUUUUCAGUUGCUUCUCUUCCUCUGUGCUGCGAUUUCCUUGGCAGAGGACCUGACCAUGGCUGAUGUGCCAGGCUCCAGCCUUUGUCCCUCUGUGCCACCCUGGCACCUUCCUCUCGUGCCCGUUGGUGGUGCAGUGUAGCAUCCUGGCACGAGUUUCAGGCUGACUCUCGUGAUGAGCUGAUGUAAGCCCUCGUUGGGCUGUGGCUGCUGGCCAUGGGCAGGUGCUGGCUCACCCCAGCCCCGUGGCUGUUCACUGCCCAUUGCCUCCAAGGCUUCACAAACUGCCUGUGGUGGCACAGGGUCUCAGGGGCAGGGACACUGCCCUGUGGGUGGCAGCUGAGGCUGAAGCUGUGCCUGUGGUCACAGGCAGCGGUGAUGUUCCUGCGCCAGCCACAGCAGGAGCUCCUCCAGAAGCUCCUCCUCUUUUAAAAUAACAUUUUUCUUUUUAUUUUCCUGCCUAAAAAUGGCCUGAUUUCUCAUUCCUGGGAGUUGCUACUGGGAAGGGGGAGCACCCUUCUGCUUGGUAUUUCAUCCUGGGGGAUUUGUCAUGACUUGCCAUGGUCUUGCUGUCACCCUGCGCUGUGCCUGAGCCUGGGGGCUGCAGGCAGCUGGGCUGUUCCCGGUGUGCCCUGGCCAUGGGGCUGUGCUGGUGGCCCUGGACAGCAGUGGGGGCUGCAGGACACGUUCCUGAGCGGGGCAGAGCAGUGUGGGGGUGGCCGGGCUCACAGAGGGGUCACGGGCAGGACAGCUGCCAGCGGGGCUGUGGCUGUGGCUGUGGCUCAGCUCCCAGCAGAGCUGCUGCUGGUAACACCAGGGCUGAGGGCUCAAUCCCUCUGUGGGCCAUUCACUUCAGAGUUAAACUCUGUGAUCUUUGUGGUCCCUUCCAACUCAGGGUGUUCUGUGAUGUGGUGUCACCCCGGCUGUCCUGAGACUGGCAGACAGCAUCGCUGGGGCUGAGCUGGUGGCACUUGCUUUGUCCCUCACUGCGCGGCUGGGGCUGCUCUCUGCUGUCCUGCCUGUCACCGGGGUCUCAGCACGAGCUGGUGGUGUGGUGGUCACCAGCAAGUGGCACUGUUACCCCACUGCCUGCUGCCCCCUCCCAGACCCCACAGAAUUCUCCUUUAUCUGACCACGGUACCUCAAAGAAGCAGAUGCCCCUCUAGGAAGGCAGAUCUCCCCCACACCCCAGGGAGCAAUAGCUGCUGGUGUUUUCUUUCCCUGUUUAAAGAUGUUGGGGCUUGAGCACACCCAGGAUGUGCUCAGACAAACAAAGGCAUGGGCAGUUGGAGCUGGACCUGGCACUUUCCCUCACUGCUUGUUUCUUCCACAGUCAAGGUCGUUUUAUUGCUCUUUGCUCCCCAAGACCUACAGCGUUGAACUUUGAGCCAUGUGGGGCCAGGAUUAGUCAGACUCUUGCUGCACUCUUGGACUGUUAGGGAGUGUUGCUAUAGCACACACAGCCUGGGGCCAGGGAUUUCCUGUUGGAGGCUUUUCUGUGGCAGGGAGAGUGCUGGGUUGAAUCACCUCACAAAAUCCAAUAAAUAUUUAAUCCCUCUGUGGACAUAGUCACUUCCAGCGGGAAGGAAAAGAACUUCACCCACUGCCUCUGAGUAAGAGCCUCCCUGCAGCUCAGUUUGCUGGCCCUGGCUUUGAAGUUGGAACUGGACUGGCAGCUUGUCCUGUGUGCUCUGUGUCACCAGCGUUUUGGUCACUUGGAGUGCACAGAGCAGUGGCAGCCAGGCAGGAUGGCAGAGCCAGCCUGCUCCUGUCAGGAGCAGGACAUGGGCAGGAAGGGCUGGUAAAUUAAAACUCUGGAUCAUGGGGAUGUGUCACAGGUGUAUGCUGCAAAUCUCUUCACAUGCUGGGCAGCUCCAUUGGUGUGCCAGAGUGGGGCUCUGGGCCAAGCAAAUGAAGUGAGGAUUUAGUUCAUUUGUUAAGGGGUUUUUCUCACUUUUUAUAAAGAAAUCAACCUCAUAGCUUUUAAGGUAAACUUACUUUUCAGUUGUUUGAUGUCUGAGCAAUAUUACUUGUACUCAAAACUCACCCCUGCCUCGAGGGUGCUGUGCUGGGUGUGGGUAUGGGCCAUGCCACACAGGCUGUGUGCCAUGCCACAGCUCCUGCCCUGCUGGUGCUGCCCCUCAGGCCCUGGCUGUGCCACAGGGUGUGCUGCCUCAGCACAGGCUGGCAGGGACUGGUUUUAUGUGUGUUUGAAGUGUUCUGGGUUCCCCCUCAGAGCCUCACCUGUGGUGUCAGUGCAAGUCUCACUGGCUGGUGCUCCAGCAGGGCUGGACACUGCACAGGAGCCCUGCAGGACGUGGCUUUUCAGCAGGGAGGCUCCCCCAGCUCCCAGCCAAAGGCUGCUCCCCACUCUCACUGUGCUCGUGGCAGGCGCCUUCCUUCAGCUGUAAACCAGCUGUGUUUACAAGGGCCAAAAGUUCAACAGGUAGCCUUUAGCCCACCCUAAGACCACCUGGCCAGGCUGCCUCGAGCCCAGCCAGAGCCCUCAGGGAACCAUGAGAGCCUAGAAAACAGGGAGAUGCUGUGACUCAGACAUCAGAACAACAGUGAUCCCUGAGCAGGGAACUGCUUCACUGGGGAACCAAUGGACUUGAUACUUGACUUUUGCUUUUUAAUAGUAUUUUCAACAUAGCACAUAGAAUCUAAGGUAGGGAAAUUCCUGUAGUGCUGGAUCUCACGUCACAGCCUCAGGAAGCCAUUUGUGCCAAGCUGGCAUGGCUCACAGAGAGGUGAAAGAAAUCAAAUAACUCUGAUAUCUGUGCAAACUUGAGCUAGGACUGAACAGUGGAAACACUCCAGUGCAGUGGGGUUAUUUUUUUACAAGUGAUUGGUUUCCACACCAGUCCUGCCUGGAAGUCUGAUUUGCAGAGGAAUUUGUAUGAUAAGUUUAAAUCUAGCCCUGUUCUGGGAAGCUCUUAAGCAUAGACUUAAAAUAGGCACAUACUUCACUGUUGUUAAAGUGUUUAUUCUGGUGAACAAUUGGUGAACAUCCCUCGGGUGCUGUUCCUGAACAAGGGGCUCAUGAGAGCUCUCCCUCCAAUGUGCUUUUACAGAAAUAGCAAUACUGAAGAAGACUUGGUGUUACUGAUCUGGGCACACUUCUUGGAAGAGUCUGCAAGUGUUGGGGGGAGAUACCCCCUCCAUGUUGGAUUAUUUAAUUCUUCAGACUCUGGUGCUUUUCAAAAAAACAAAUCACUACAUUUCUGUAGCCAUGGUUUACCCAAGGGAAUAUGUGUUGUUUUUUAUGGUAGAUGUUAUUUUUCUUUAAGGUUACGAAUAGGUUAUUUAUAUUUUUGUAAAUUCUGUGCCAUUACCGUUGUAAUUCUGCUGUAGCAUUAUUUCUGUUGGGUUUGGGGUGUUUGUCUGUAUUCAAAUCAGGCAGAAGCUGAAGCUCCUGCCCCCUGUUAGUGGAAGGGAGUUGGUCCCUCACAUUCCUCCAGACCUGGUGCUCUUGAGUGAUGUGUGUUUGUAGUUCAAUAAAUUUU